ACUAAAUAUAUAUAGCACUGUUAUUUCCCUUCAAAAAUUAUUAAUUUCUAGUUUUCCACAACCAGGCACUCCCUCCCUCUCUCUCUAAAUCUUAGCAAAACGCCAACGCCAUAACCAAAACGCAAAACACAGUAAUACACUCUCUCUCCCUCUCGCAACGCACCUCCUUCUGUAACUGUAACCGUCCUUCUCCACUCCCUCAGAUCUUCGUCGUUCCACGCUUUCCGUUCGCGUUUCGGUUGCUUCCGAUCGAAACGCGAGAUUCCGUUCGCCGUUGGCCACGACGACGAUGCAAUAGUAGCAGAUGCUGUUGUUGUUGUUGUUGUUAUCGUGAAAGAAAGAGAAGAGAAAAUGGACGAUAGAGGAAGCUCAUUCGUCGCUGUUAGGAGAAUUCCCCAAGGAGAAACGUGCCAUUCGAAUUCUGCUGAGGUUGUGACAGGGUCAGCUGCAUGCCUUGGUCGAGGUCUGUCUUGUGUCUACGUACAAAGAAGAGAUAGUGAUGCUUCUAACUCUUUUGAUUUAACACUAGCCAAGGAGGAAUGCUUGCAGAGGAUACAGAGACGUAUAGAUGUUCCAUAUGAUAGUUCUAUAAUUGAGCACCAGGAAGCCCUUAGGGCUUUGUGGAAUGCUGCAUUUCCAGAAGAAGAACUUCAUGGCUUGAUAUCUGAGCAGUGGAAGGAAAUGGGCUGGCAAGGGAAAGAUCCAUCAACAGACUUUAGGGGUGGUGGUUUUAUAUCACUCGAGAAUUUUCUUUUCUUUGCUAGGAAUUUCCCGAAAUCCUUCCAGGAUCUUUUACGAAAGCUGGAAGGAGAUCGAUCAGUGUGGGAAUACCCAUUUGCAGUUGCUGGUGUUAACAUCACAUACAUGCUGAUACAAAUGCUUGAUCUUGAAGCAGUGAAGCCACGCAAUCUGGUUGGAGCAACUUUUCUAAAAUUUCUUGCAGAAAAUGAGUCAGCUUUUGAUCUUCUCUAUUGCAUAACUUUCAAGCUAAUGGAUCAUCAAUGGCUUUCCAUGCGUGCCUCAUAUAUGGAUUUUAAUGCAGUGAUGAAGGCUACACGACGUCAGCUAGAGAAAGAGCUUCUAGUGGAAGACAUAACGCGGCUUGAAGAUUUACCCUCAUACAAAUUACUUUCCCGAUAGAUAUCAGUCACAAAAACCUGUCAGUCUUCUAUUUUUGGGCAAGAAGCUUUUGUAUAUGAUUUGAUGUGAUGCUCUACCAUAAUUUUCACUCCUGUCAAUUCAGCAUUUUUAAUAACAUUUCAGCAAGAAUGAGCUAUAACAUGUAAAACCGAUGUGAGCAUAAAGCCUUGUACGUGAUGUCGAUAAGGUUUGAGAUGCAGCAGUUAAGCUUUUAGUCUAGUUGAAAGAUGAAACUGUUGGCUGACAUGCUGCCAGGAGGCUGAAAUGUAAAUUUGCUUGGUGUUAGAUAUUAAUGAUUUUCGGUUUGCCACUUUACCUAUAUAUUUCCUUGCAGUAUUAACGGGUAAAUGCAACUUGCAGUAAUGUAUUUCAGAAUUGCAUCUUUCUAACCUUGUUUAAUAUACUUCUUAUUUGUUUGA